AUGAAACAACGGCAUCAGCUGUUGUCACAAACGAAUGUUUACUUACGUCAACAUCCUGCUGAUGCAAACAUGACAAUGGAAGAAUUGAAGGAGAUGGUCAAUUCCAUGAGUGCAAAUCAAAUGGUGAAUAGGUUGCAACGCUAUGUGUCCAAAGUACAAGGUACGAAUCAGACCUGGUAUCAGCGGCUGCAGGAAUUGCCAGCCCUGAUUGAACAAAAAGGCUGCCCUACUUUUUUCUUUAACUUUAGUGCAGCUGACAUGCAUUGGCCAGACUUACAAAGGCUGUUGCAGAAUGAGGAAGGUGCAACCAGAACUGAGCGAGCACAAGCUGUAAUCGACAAUCCCCAACUUACUGAUUGGUUCUUUAUCCAGCGGCUGCAAGAGUUUAAGUAUUCAUUGCCAUGGAUGUGCAAAGUUAAAAAAUGA